CCGAUCGAAGGAGGUCACUAGGCUGUCUGGAAAUUUCCAGUUCGCUGACAGGAUGUAUUUAACACCAGGAUACCACUGCUCUACAAAUUGAGUCCGGAGAAAUCUAAAGAUGACUGAAGAUGAAGAUGACGACAUUCAUGGCGGUGCGACGGGAGAGACCCACAUUUUGGACCACAUGCCUGCUCCCAGAGAGAACGACGACAAACCGUGGGCAGGUUGUGAUAGAAAAUCUCCCCCUUGGUUAUCGGACAAGACAAACGGUGUUGGGAGCUCCACAUGUAAUCCCGAGCUAUGUCAUGUAAAUCUUAUAGAACAAGAGUGUACUACCAACUUGACAGAUGACUUCGCCUUUAUUACUGCUGAAAUGUUGCUUCCAGAGCCAAUUGCAAAUUCUUUAGAUCAACCUCUUGAUUCCAAACCAUCUCUUACAGGAGAGAAUGUACAAGAUUCUGUUGCACCAUUUAAAAACAAAGUAUUUUCUGCAGAAACAGGAUUUCAAGCUUCCGAAAAGUCCACAGAGCGCUAUUACAAAUUUUUGGAGGAAGCUGAUGAGACGUCUGCAAUGGAAGAACAAGAAUCGACUGCAAGCAUGGAUAAGUCCCAAAGUUCUCCCGACAACAGCUCUUUGGCAUCAGGCCAAAGCUGUGUAACCUCAGAUUCAGGUGCGUGUAGGAGUUCACUAAAGGAGACAGACUCGCAACCUUUUGAUGGGACUGGUUCUCCAUGUCAUCCUCCGUAUAGUAAGCUCUACCCUUUCCGUCCUGUUUCUGCGCCCAAUGGAUUUCCUUCUACCAACUCGCCUGUGAAAGGAUGUAAACCAAAAUCACCUCCAAAAUCUAUUGCAAUUUCUGAACCAGUUGCACAGAUGGAGUUUAAGUCAAACGAAAACAGAGGCAUGCACAUACCUCAGCCAUCAUGUCGUGAAACAGUUGGCCAGAAUCAUUCCAUGCUUUUGGGGGAAAAUACACCUGCGGCAGAUGAAAAUCCUCCAAAACAUGCUCCCGUAAUUCGUCUUUGCAGACCAAAAGAUGGUCACGUUUCUCUUUUCUACCCAAAAUAUACCCCAAGAACAUUUUCAUAUCAAGAUUUCACUUUCGGGACACCAGCGGCUUUAUUAACGUUUACUUUAAAGCAUUUCAUAUCACCAAAGGAAGUGAAACUCUUCAACAUCGGAUAUUUCCGAAAGAUAUUGUCACCUUUGUUUGCAUGCUUCGUUGAAUUCUGUGGUCAAGGCGCAAAUGGUCUUGCAUGCUUCAUCAGUGAUCUGGAAACAUCUAAAACAUGCAAAGCCUGUUCCAUCUUACAGAACGCUCUGAAACCUCUCAACGUUCUCAUCAGAAAUCCACGUUGUUGGGUAUAUAGCGAAGAAGGACCCGAUGUCACUCCUCAAGACGCCAUUCUCACGGUCGUCUCUGCGGGAACUGGUCUCGUUCGACUGAUACCGACAUGCCCUGCCACAUGGGAACAGUGGGCUCAUUUUUCCAUGGAUAUUGAAGGCGAAGGUAAUUGCUUUAUUAAACAUUUUACCCAAACGGUUGAAAGCGGCGAUGAAAUUCGCCAAUGUCUUACUUGUUUGCAAUGGCCCACGGAGAUCGAAAAAGAGUUCAGAGAAAGGAAGAGAGAAAGUAACUGGCUUGACCAAAACACAUUAAGAGAAAUUACUAAAACUGAAUGUCGUGUUGUGCCUUUCCUACAGCAACAUAGAUCCAGGCAUGAUAUUGACUGGCUUCUCAUAUUUCCUGAAGCCGAACGUCGACUCGCUGAUUUAUUGACCAACGAACAGCGACAUUGCUUCUAUAUCUUCCACCUUGUCAUGCAGCAUCAACUUCUGACCAUUCCUCAAGCUGAAGAAAGCAUCACUGCGAUAUCACAACUGCUGAUGCAUCUUGACCAUGUCCUCCUCCACGCUUGCGACACGGUUCAAAACCACAUGUGGAAGAUGUCUCCAGGAUCCUGUUUCCUUUAUCUCGUUAGGAGUCUGGGUCAGUUCUUGCACGACCGACAUCUGCCUCACUACGUUGUAAGAAACAGGAAUCUUCUCACCAAGCUAUCCGUCAAAGAUUUUGGAAUAUUAGAAGCAGCAUCCCAAGAAACACUCAGGAGUCCGUUACAGUUAUUCCAAAAACUUUUUGAAAACCACAAGUUAACGAACGCUUGGGUUUUGAAUGAACUGGACCUCUGUAACCGACUUAUCGGAGGGCACGGUGCGAAUAACGACAGCAAGCGUGUUUUACUACCGUUAGCUUUGCGUUUGUCAAAAGAAUUUAUGCGGAGACAAUGUCCAGAGAAGGCCUUUGAGUGUAUUGAAGUCAUUCUUAACGCGGUUGCUACCUCUGAAACUGACAGGAACAACCCCUAUACCACAGACGUGAGUGGUUUCUUUGCAGAGAUACCCAAUUCAGAAAAAGAUGUUAGUUUCCUGUGCCGUCUCACUGUCUACCUGAAACUGUCUCUUUCUAUUGAUAUUUCAAGUUUUUUACCGGACGUCUUCACAAGUCUCCAGGAAGCUAUCGGUCCGUCGUAUCAACUUUCCCAGGAAAUCAAAGAUCUACCUUUUCCAAAAUUUACAGAUUAUAAUGUAAGUGAAAAGGUGUAUUUGCUCGAAGGACUUGCUUUUCAACUUACUCAUUACUCUCAUCUGUCUGAUACUGUUGUGACGCUUCUGAAGGGUACCUAUGAUAUUGCUGCACGUGCAAUCGAUAACCUUAAAGAGCAGGAUAUGCGUGAGGAUGAGGCAUGUCUAAGUGGAUACAACCUAGUGUUUGCUAUUAACACGGUAACUCAAAAUAGUUCUCCAUGUGCUGUUGCCCCCGAGGAGGAGAUACUCAGAGCAAGCUAUGAAGAGGUACGGCUGCUUGAGACUGAAACAUGUGGUACUACAAAUCGUGAUAGGAUUACUGCUGACACAAUACCCUCCUUCACCACCGACAGGGCAAAUCGUGCUUUGGAGGCGCACACCUACAAAGUAAUGAGGUCACUUAGGGAAAGCCAGUUUAGAUGCCUAUGGAAUCUGUUCAGGUGUUAUGAAGUACAACACUGUCUCGAAACGAUCGAAACUCACCUUGACGAACUUGAUUGUCUGUGUGAACAACUUGGAGAUCCAAAAUUGUACAUAGCAUUCGGUAAAAUUCCGCGCCGACUUGGUCAUGUUAGUCGUGCGCGGCAGGCUGACGAAAUGGCCCAAAUCAGGGACAAUGUCGAGUUUGGUGUAUAAUGUUCACGUCAAUCGUGACGUCAGAGGGAACAGAGGACCACGUAUGACUAAACAUAGUACCAAGACUGACAGAACUGCAAGUAAAAACCCAAUGUUGCGGAACGAGAAGCCGAAUACAACAUCCAGUAUUUUCAGGGCGGUCUGGAGCAACUACGGUAUACCGGGAGACUUUUGCUGCCUUUUAACUUCCGCCUUCUACACCGUCACUAACGAGGUCAAAUUCGUCCUGACAGCGAAUAUUUAUACACAACAUACUAUAUAUAGUUCUUACAUGUGAAUGGCAAAAUAGACAAUGGCCGAAUAUGGAUUUUAUCGGUAAAUGGCGAAAGUCUGACAGGGCAAAAAUGUUCUGGUGUACGUUCUUAUUUCAUUACACUAAAAUUUUAGCGCAAUUUGGCGCUUUCCCAAAACAUUCAGGAAAAAACAAUAAACAAGAACUUCAAUUGGUGCAUUCAUAACAUAGCGCAAUAUUUUAAUCGCGAGAACCGCUUAAAUAAGACCACCGCUAAAAAUGAACGUUCACGGUAUCUUUUUAUCAAAUAUUAAUUUUAUCAGAUGAAAGAUCUAAUGUUGAUAACGGUAAAUAAUUUAAUUGUAUUAAAAGUAUUAACGAUUGUGUUUUGGGCUACGCUUUUAUGUGAACAGAAAUUCAUUUGGAAUAUCUGGCAUUUUCCAACCUUUUUGCUUUGUGUUCAAUACCAUGUAUAUAUUCUUUUAGUCUAGUGUUGUUUUUCAAACGUUCAGGAUUUGUUAAAUAUAUACGUUUUACAUAAUGUUGAACUAAUUGGUAUAAAAUAUGUCGUAUUAAAUGAUAAUGCCACCUUAAGAUAAAGGAUACCGCCAGGUUAAACCAUGGUAUAAUCAUUAUCACUAUUGUAAACUGUUUGUUUCAGUCUUUUCCAAAGGGCGUAUUCCGUAAAGAUCACCCGUUUUAUUGCAUACCAGUACUAGAGAAUUGAAGUCAUUUUAAUACGUAAUUUGGAAAAUAUAAAUAAAAAAGGGAAAAACUUCUGGGAACAAACUCAGAAUGUUAAUUCACAAGCCUACACGUUAUCUGUAUUUAUCGGCCGCAAUGCAAAGAAAAACUUGACAAUUGAACUUUCUGUAAGAAAAAACCUUGUGGAUGUUGGGUCUUCUGUAUAGAGGGGAAAUAACUCGAGUAAAGAUGAACUCUUCGUCAUUUUAUAACCUAUGAAGUGGUAUCCUUUAUCUAAAGUUUCCUAUUGUUGGAAAAUAACAAAAUUAUAUUUUUAAUUUUAUUUUGCUUAGAAUGGAGAUUUGCAUGACGAAUCCUUGUGUCCAUUUGCUUUUCUUUUACUUUUAGGAUAUUUAUCCGCCAGUCUGACAUUGUAUAACCCAUGGGUAAGCUAGUUGACCGGGUUGUGAUUGGUAUAAAUCGAAUAUGAUAUAACGAUUGGUUGUAUAUGAUGGAAGAGUGAUAUGUUUUACCAGAUGGUAUUAUUAAUGCAUACAAAGGACCGGGCGACUGAACCACAUUUGAACUCAAGGAUAUACAUUUAUAAGAUACAUCGGUAAAUAGAUAUUUUUCUGAUUUAAUUAAAAUAUCAUAAAUUUGUUAAAGUGGA